AUGGUUUUCAAUAAUCAUGGGAAAGGGAUCAUCCCACUACACUCACCAAAGCUUAUGUUCCUGCUUCUUCUCUUUUUUCUGUUCAACCCUUCUGCAACUCCUUUAACCUUCAACUUCCCAAGCUUUUCCAAUGUCACCACCAACAUAUCCCUCGAGGGCGUUGCUGAUAUUGAUAGCAACCUCAUCAGACUCCCCAGAAACCCCGGAGAAACUGGGAACGUCGGUAGAACCACCUACCAUGAACCCUUCCUCCUCCGAGAAAAUGCAACCGGAAAAUUUGAGGACUUCACCACAAAUUUCACAUUCAGGAUUGAUAAUGGUCAUGGGAUGGUGUUCUUUGUAGCGCCAAAUGGAACCUUACUCAACAGCGCAGCAGGAGGUGGUGGCAAGCUUGGCCUACCUGUCGACGAUCUGCCGGGAGACACCACAAAGGCAGAGUAUCCGUUUGUGGCUGUGGAGUUUGAUAUCUUCAAGAACACAGUGCCAACCAGCAGGGAUCCAUGUGGGGAUCGACAUCAACUCUCUCAAGUCAAAUAUUACCAUGCCUUGGAAUGA